AGGGGCAGGCUGCGUGGGCUGGGGGCCCCGCCCUGGCCCCCACCCCUGAGGCGGGCUCCCCCGGGGCUGGCUUGGGGCAGAGCGGGCGGAGCGGGGGAAGCCCCCGGGCUGGCGCAUGCCUGUCAUCCGAGGGCCCAGCAAGGCGCCAGGAGCCAUGGAGUUGCGGCUGGGGGGCUGCACGGCAGCGGUGGCUGCGGUCCUGCUCCUUGUGCUGCUGGGCGCCCAGGGCCAGGGCGGCACACCCAGUCCAAAGUGUGACUGUGCCUCCAACUUCCAGCAGAGGAGCGGUCUGUUCUGUUGCAAGGGCUGUCCAGCCGGGCACUACCUGAAGGCCCCCUGCCCAAAGCCUUGCGGUGCCUCUACCUGCCUCCCGUGCCCCCGCGGCACCUUCCUGGCCCGGGAGAACCACCAUGAGACCCGCUGUACCCGCUGCCAGGCCUGUGAUGAAGAGGUUUCCCAGGUGGCCCUGACGAACUGCUCAGCAGUGGCAGAUGCCCACUGUGGCUGUGACCCGGGCUGGUUCCCCGAGUGCUUGGUCAAGUCCUGCAGGGACGGCUCCCCCUUCCGCUGCCACCCGUGCUCAGACUGCAGGGCCCUGCACCGCCACACACGGGUGCCCUGUUCCGUCAGAGACACCGACUGUGGGACCUGCCUGCCUGGCUUCUAUGAAUAUGGCAACAGCUGUGUGUCCUGCCCCACGAGCACCCUCGGGAGCUGUCCUGAGCCCUGUGUGACUGUCUGUGGCUGGAGGCAGAUGUUCUGGGUGCAGGUGCUCCUGGCUGGCCUGGUGGUCCCGCUCCUGCUCGGUGCCACCCUGACCUACACAUACCACCGCUGCCAGCCUUGCAAGCCCACGGUUCCUACAGAUGAAGCUGGGUUGGAGGCCCUGACUCCCCUGCAGGCCACCCACCUCUCACCCAGGGACAGCACCCUUCUAGCUCCAGCCAGCAGUAUCGAGAAGGUCCGCGCCACGCAUUUGGUAGGCAAUGGCUGGGCCCUUGGCUCCCCUCAGAUCCAGGAGGUGCCCUGCGCGGAGGUGACGUGGUCCUGGGACCAGCUGCGCAGCAGAGCCCUCGACCCGCCGCCGCCCAUGCCCACGCCUUCGCCAGCGCCCCCUGCGGGCUCCGCGGCAGCCACGCUCCAGCCGGGCCCGCAGCUCUACGACGUGAUGGACGCGGUGCCCGCGCGGCGCUGGAAGGAGUUCGUGCGCACACUGGGGCUGCGCGAAGCGGAGAUCGAGGCCGUGGAGGUGGAAAUCGGCCGCUUCCGCGACCAGCAGUACGAGAUGCUCAAGCGCUGGCGUCAGCAACAGCCCGCCGGCUUGGGCGCCGUCUACGCGGCGCUGGAGCGCAUGGGGCUGGACGGCUGCGCCGAGGACCUGCGCAGCCGCCUGCAGCGCGGCCCGUGACGCGGGGGCGGGGGGGGGGGCCCCCACACCGGGUGCCUCUGGGCUCUGGCGGCCCUUGCAGAAGCCCUAAGUACGGUUACUUAUGCGUGUAGACAUCUUAUGUCACUUAAUAAGCUCCUGGCACGGCCCUGCGUAGCAGCGCCAGCCGCCCUCCCUGCCGCGCGCCCCCUGGGGUUCUGGUUGAGGCCAAGCGGCAUCGACGGAUAUCGGGAGGGGGCAGGAGGUGGCUCAGCAGUGUCUCGGCCCGACUUUGGCCGAGGCCUGGGUAUUAAAUCUGUGAAGAAAAG